UUCAAAGGCUUGGAACGUUGGCGCUCCCAGCGUUCUAUCCGGGAAAGAGGGCGGGCCUUCCCGCCGCCUCCUCCGCCUCCGCCUCCUCCUCUCUUUCUGGGCCUGCUGCUCCUCCGGCAUCGGCUGCUUGUUCUCCGGGAGGAAUGUGGCGACCGCUGGCCGUGGGCUCGCUCUUCUUCCCGGGGCUCUUCGCCGCCUGCAUCCGCGGCCUGGCCUGGAUCGACCCCGCAUGGAGCCUCAAGGAGCGCAUCCUCCUCAGCGGGAGGCUGGUGUCCUCCGUCCAAGCCAUUAUGGCCACCGUUUCGGGGAUCGUGGUGGUUUUGAAUUGCAAAGACGUGGUGUACAGCAGGCACUGGGUGGCGCGUGAGUACGUGGGCGUGCUGGUCUCCUACAUGGCCUACGACAUCUACGUCAUGUACCUCUGCCAUUGGCACAAGAGCGAGGAGCGGGGGGAGGCGGCCCCCAAACACUCCUGGGCCAGCCUGGGGGCCUUCCUGCGUAAGGAGCGGCUGAUGGUCACCCACCACCUCUUCAUCCUGGUGGUCCUCACCCCGGUGGCCGUGCACCUCCGAGGCGAACUGGGAGACUUCUUCGUCGGCUGCAUUUUCACCGCUGAGCUAAGCACGCCCUUCGUGUCGCUGGGCAAGAUCCUGAUGCAGUUGCAGAUGCAGGACUCGCUGCUGCACAAGGCCAACGGGCUGCUCAUCCUGCUGACCUUCUUCCUCUGCCGCAUCGCCCUGUUCCCCUUCAUGUACUGGUCCUACGCCCGGCAAGUGGGUCUCCCGGUGUACAAGGUGCCCUUCCGCAUCCCCUUCCACUGCAACGUGGCCAACGCCCUCCUCAUCGCCCCGCAGCUCUACUGGUUCUUCCUCAUCUGCCGCAAAGCCGCCGGGCUCUAUCGACACCGGACGCCGCAAGAAGCUGCGAAAUUGAGAUAACUCCGGGAGACGUCCCUCCCCGAUUCGGACUUUCCGAUCCGCGACGGAGGCGUUUUAGUUUCCCUCCUUCCAGAUGGUCCGUUUCGCCUCUUCCCCGAACGCCCAUUGUCCACGGAUGCCACGGAUUCAACACGACAUUGCACGGCAUCCGGGUCGCUUUGGGAACUCCGGGGACGAAGCGCCUCCCUCGCCUUUCUUUCCGAUUUGCGAUGGAGGCGUUUUCGGUUUACCUCCAUCGCCGUUGAUCCAGGUUGUCCGUUUUGCCUUUUCUUCAUCCCUAGACGCCGUUCGUCGGGAUGCACAACCACGUCGCACAACAUCCAAUUCCCUUUGGGGACGGUUCCGCUUUGCCUCGUACUGUUUACCUUCACCACCGUCAAUCCAGAUCGUCCGUUUUGCCUUUUUUCCAAACAACCAUCAUCCAUCGGGAGCUCGUCUGGUCUUGUCAACUGAUCCUCUGUCUCUUUUCCUCAUUCUUUUAAGGCUGAAGAUGUUAAAUUCCCGAUACUACAAACAGGGACAUUACAGCCAAUUCUGGACCAGAUUCCAAGCGAAAUCCCACGAUUUGGGGCAUUAUGGGGAAAGGUGGACGAUGGUGCUUUGGGAACACACGGUUGACCCUGCUUUAUUACUACUACUAUUAUUAUUAUUUGGCCGGACUUUUUCUUAGAGGGAAAAUGAGGCUCAAACGAACUGGGUUUGGAUUGUAUUUUUUGGGUCUCAAAUGGCCUUUGUUUGCAGUAUCACCUCCUGGUUUGUGCUGGGAGUCUGUCUGGGAUGAUGGGAAUUGUAGUCAGUCAUGCUAAAGCAGGUACCUGGCUUUGUUUGGAUCCGAAUCCUAUCCCAAAUCGUAGUGACCGAAAACACGCAUCAGUUCUUCAUUUCCGUUGUUCUUUCAUCUAAGACCGCCUUAAAAUAUUAGGCCUGAUCCACUGUCUCUGUACUGCAGUUCCCAUCAUCCACCAUCAACUGGGAGUUACAUUUGCCUCCCCAAAAAAGAUCCCAAAGAAGUGCCCACAUUGCCUUUCCAAAUGAUGAUCUGAAUACUGUGGCGACUCCCGACAACAACAGAUUUGCACACACGCAAAUUAAUUUUAUAUUUCAUCCAGCAGAGAUAUAUAUAUAAAAUAGGGCCAACCGAUAGGAUGCAGACACUAAGGGCUUUCUCACAAUGGGAAUUGCUAGUCCUGUUACGUUUGGGACUACAAAUCCCAUCAAUUUUGUCAAGCCAAGGAUUAUGGGAGUUGUAGUUCCCAAGCAGCCUUCCUUUGUUUUUUAUGAUUGCACUGAUCUCAAUGUUUUUCCCUGCCCUAUUUAUUUCCCUCGUCCUGUGGUUUUGCCAUAGGGCCCCCAUGUGCCUCUUCUUGGACUGCAAGUCCCAUAAUCCACCGCCGUUGCCUUUACGAUGCCUUAAAAGUGCCUACAAAGACGUGCCAAAACUCUGCCGAGGUGCCAUUGCGUGAAGUCUCCCAGCGAUCAAUGAGAGGCCAAUAUCUGUAUUGUUCCACCAAGGAUCGAUGGGGCCAACCCUAAAGGCUGGGAGACGGGGACCAAAAAGCGCAAAACAAAUUACAUUGCCACUUUCAGUGUUUACGCUGUGAUACAACCCUGAAUAAAAUGGGUGACGACGAUAAACUAAGACUAAUGUAAAUAGAAACACACCACUGGAUUUACUGUCUUUUCCUUAUGGGGCUGGAAGGGCCCUCAAAGGACAGCAGUUCAAUAAAAUAUUUCUCUUGGGAAA